AUGGUUUCCUCCAAUUCUUCAGUGCGCUUGGUUAUGGCCUUUGUGGCCUUGCUGGCUCUUGUAUCUGCCCGCCCAGCAGCCGUAUCGGUGCCCCGUGUAUCUCGUGGGCUUCCUGAGACUCCCAGUGAUGAUCCGUUCUAUCAGCCUCCGGCCGGCUUUGAGUCUGAGAACCCUGGAACAAUUUUACGUCAGCGCACUGUUUCUGUCGCUUUCUUAGGCCUCAUCCCAGACCCUGUGGAAGCCUAUCAGCUAUUGUACCGCACUACUGCCAUCAAUGGGUCGGCUAUUGCAACCGUGACCACGAUCUUCAAGCCUACCAAUCCUAAGACAGAUCGAUUUGUCUCAUUCCACACAGCCUACGAUAGCUCCGACACGAUCUGUGACCCCAGCUACAACUAUCGACUCGGUGCGGCACAGACCGAUAUUAUUUCCUCUGCAGAACAAUUGAUCCUUCAGGCGUAUCUACUUCUGGGCUACAUUGUUGCAUCGCCCGACUAUGAAGGUCCUGACGCAGCAUUCGGACCCGGUCGCCUGGCAGGAAUGGGGGUUCUGGAUAACAUGCGAGCUGUCAGUAACUUCGAUGCAUUGGGUCUCUCCACUUCUACGCCCAUGAUUGUCGGCACUGGUUAUUCGGGCGGUGCAAUUGCCACAGGUUGGGCGGCUUCUCUGCAGCCUACCUACGCCCCUGAGUUGGACAUUAAGGGCUGGGCCCAAGGCGGUACUCCAGCUAACCUUACAGGUACUCUGAUGUUCAUUGACGAUACUCUAUUCAGCGGCUUUCUUCCUCCAGCUGUAGCCGGCCUAUCUGCACCUAGUGCAUAUGGUGCUGAACUGGUUCCGGUUCUUGAUGAGAUUCUUACCUCGGAGGGUCGAUCCGUUGUCGAAAAGGCCCAGAACACCUGUGCGGUUGGAGAUCUGCUCAACUUCGCCGACAUGUCGCUGCUUUCCACCAGCGUUCAAAGCCUCGGUGAUAGACUGCUCUAUGAAUCUACUAUCCAGGCCAUCAUGAAACAAUGCAGUAUGGGAGUCGCAAGGGAUGAAACCCCAACUGCGCCGGUGUUUGUCUACCAUGCAUCGCAGGAUGAGAUCAUUCCCUACGCGAACGCCUCGACGAUGGUCGAUUCGUGGUGCAACUAUGGGGCGGAUGUCAAAUUUACCACGUUUGGAAAUGGCGGGCAUGCCACGACUGAGGUCAUCGGUCUUCCCGAUACGAUUAACUUUGUUGAGUCCGCCUUUGCGGGCACCACCCAGAGUGGCUGCUCGAGUAACACGGAGUUGACUAGUAUUCUCAACCCCAUUGCACUCGGCGUAGAGCUGGAACCGGUUCUGGUGAAGUUGCUUGAAGUUCUUGCUACCCUUGGCACCAGCGACUCGAACCUCAAGCAGGACCUUGAUGUUUUGAAUGAUGUGGUUAAAUGGUAG